AUUGAGCCACUUUGCAGGCGGCAGCGUUUACCGAUCAAAAGGAUUCUCUGAGCGGUUCCAGCUUUCCAGAAAUGUAACCAGUAACAGUUACAUUCUGACCAUCAGAGACCUGAAGCUCACUGACACCAACACCUACAUCUGUGGGAUUUGGGGAAAUAUUUUUGGAAAAGGAACUCGACUAAAUGUAACCAGUGCAAAUGCCCCAAACCUUCACCAGUAUCUGAUCCCAGAACAUGUCACAGAGGGACACACUGUCCAGUUACAGUGCACCAUGAGGAACGCCGCAGUGACACACACCGAUGUUCACUGGUACCGGGAGCGAACAGAGAAUAACACAGAGUGGGUUUUAACAUAUGAUGUGAGGAACAUCACACAAAGGAGCCCUGGAUUCACUGAUCGAUUCCAGUCUUGCAGAGACCCCUCCAAUAACAGCUUCAUUCUGACCAUCACAAACGUGCAGCCCAAUGACACUGGGGUCUAUUACUGUAAAGUGUGGGGAGAUAUCAAUGGGAAUGGAUCCCAGCUGACUGUAAUGGUUCCUGCAGUGGAAAUGAACAGAGAGUUGUGGAUAGUCUGGAUCAGUGUGGGAGCUGCUGUGGGAGUUACUGUCAUCGCUGGAGCUGCUCUUCUCUUCUGUAUCAGAUGCACUCGGCCUGGGAAACAGUCAUCCUCUUCUCCCCAAGAUACUAGAGAACACAGUCUGAUGCUGGAAUAUGAAAACAUUUCUGAUUUCAGAAACACAAAGAAACCAGAUGAUGUCCAAGUUGAUGCUAAUCAGAUUUAUAUGAAUGUGCCUUCAAAAUGAGAAGUUCCUUCCUGAUGGCUGACCAGACAAUGAACAUGAACUUCAAUACUGCACCAGUUGGAACAGCAUUUCUUGAACCUAUGGAAGGAUCUCCUUGCUCAUUUCCUUGCUCCUCAGCAGCAGCCUCUAAAUCACCAGGACUCCCACUUGCUGUAGGUUUGUCUGUAAUCAGUAGACACAGAUUGGAUCACACACUCCUCUCCUGCAUUUCUGUGAGCCUAACCCUACCCUGAUGUUAGCGAUGAUUCUAAAUGACUGCUCCAGACUGAGGAACAAAUCCUUCGAAUGUACAGCUCAAUGCUCAGCGCCCACCUAGCGUCACUGCAAUCAUUUCUGAGGAUUGAACCUUUCAGUAGGGCCUGUACUGGCCUUGAAGUGGGGAAGGAGAGCUGGAGAACCACCAGAAUAAUAACAGCAUUACUAGGAUUAAAUUAUGAGAACGGGUUCCAUAGAUUAGGUCUGUACUCCCUUGAGUUGGAAUAAUUGAGUGGGAGAUUUAGUUAAGACAUUCAGGAAGUGGAUACAGAGGAAUUACUAAUUGUUGAGGAUCAAAACAACUGACUGAAUCUUUAAAUGUGACCAAUUAGAGAUGAGGUGGUUGUGAAUUUGAAAGAGUUUUCCCCUCCCAGUGACAAACAGUGACUGAGCGUGAACUGGCCUCUGUCCAGGCAUGGAAUGUGUCAUCUUGAAUAUCCCAUCUUUGGCUGGCAGUUUCAUCAAUCUAAGCAAUUUAAUUACAAAAAAAUAUCCAGCAGGAUUCUCCUUCUCCUGCUUUCUGCUCAUCCCUUUAUGGAGGUCUGUCCCUCGUACAAGCUGUGACCAAAAUGUAACCUCUUUGUCCAGAUCCUGGUCUGUUUGCUGUCCUUGAAGAGAGGCGAUUAGAUUACCCUGUGAACACACUGUUCUGUAGCAUGACCUGACCCUGACACAGGGGUCAGACAGUUACAUCCUGGGAGCUAGGUGGGAAGUGAGGACAGCUGCCUUUAGAG